AUGGGAGAAAGAUCACAUAAGAGACAAAAGAUAGAUGAAUCAGAAGUAAUAGAUGAUUCACAAGCAGAAUUAGUAGCAGAAGCAUCUGAAAAAUCACUACAUGAUCAUCCACAUCCAUCACAAGAACAACAAUUAAUACAUCAUGAUGCUGGAGAAUUUAAAGGUCUUAUACGUCAUCAAACCACCGCUCAAGAUGCAGAAAGAUUAGAAGAUGGACCAAUUAACCCAUUUACCGGUAAUAACCUUAGUCAAGAAUAUUUUAGAAUUUUAAAAACAAGACGUGAUUUACCAGUUCAUGCUCAAAGAGAAGAAUUUUUGAAAAUUUUCCAUAAUACUCAAAUUAUGGUAUUUGUUGGUGAAACUGGUUCAGGUAAAACUACUCAAAUCCCUCAAUUUGUACUUUAUGAUGAAAUGCCACAAUUAAUAAAUAAACAAGUUGCAUGUACACAACCAAGAAGAGUUGCUGCAAUGUCUGUAGCUCAAAGAGUUGCUGAUGAAAUGGAUGUUAAAUUAGGUGAAGAAGUUGGGUAUAGUAUACGUUUUGAAAAUAAGACAAGUAACAAGACAAUUUUGAAAUAUAUGACUGAUGGGAUGUUAUUAAGAGAAGCAAUGGAUGAUCAUAAUUUAUCAAGAUAUUCUUGUAUAAUAUUAGAUGAAGCUCAUGAAAGAACAAUGGCAACUGAUAUUUUAAUGGGGUUAAUUAAACAAAUUACUUUAAGAAGAUCUGACCUUAAAAUAAUAAUUAUGUCAGCUACUUUAGAUGCUGAAAAAUUUCAAACUUAUUUUCAUAAUGCUCCAUUAUUAGCAGUUCCAGGUAGAACUCAUCCAGUUGAAAUUUAUUAUACUCCAGAGUUUCAAAGAGAUUAUAUUGAUGCUGCUAUACGUACAGUUUUACAAAUUCAUGCAACUGAAGAAGAAGGUGAUAUAUUAUUAUUUUUAACAGGUGAAGAAGAAAUUGAAGAUGCAUGUAAAAAAAUUCAACUCGAGGGUGAUGAAUUAAUAAGAGAACAAAAUUGUGGUCCAAUAAAAGUUUAUCCACUUUAUGGUUCAUUACCACCUAAUCAACAACAAAAAAUAUUUGAAAAAGCUCCUGAAAAUCCAAACCCAAAGGGUAGACCAGGUAGGAAAGUUAUUAUUUCAACAAAUAUUGCAGAAACUUCAUUAACUAUUGAUGGGAUAGUUUAUGUUGUUGAUCCUGGUUUUUCAAAACAAAAAGUAUAUAAUCCAAGAGUAAGAGUUGAAUCACUUUUAGUUUCACCUAUAUCAAAAGCAAGUGCACAACAAAGAGCAGGUAGAGCAGGUCGUACAAGACCGGGGAAAUGUUUUAGAUUAUAUACUGAAGAAGCUUUUAAAAAGGAAUUAAUCCAACAAUCAUAUCCUGAAAUAUUAAGAUCAAAUUUAUCAUCAACUGUUUUAGAAUUAAAAAAAUUAGGUAUUGAUGAUUUAGUUCAUUUUGAUUUUAUGGAUCCACCUGCACCCGAAACUAUGAUGAGAGCUUUAGAAGAAUUAAAUUAUUUACAAUGUCUUUCUGAUGAUGGUGAUUUAACUGCUUUAGGUAGAUUAGCUUCAAAUUUUCCCUUAGAUCCAAUGUUAGCGGUUAUGUUAAUUGGAUCUCCAGCUUUCCAAUGUUCAGAAGAAAUUUUAACUAUUGUAGCAAUGUUAAGUGUUCCAAAUGUAUUUGUACGUCCACAAUCAGCAAGACAAAGAGCAGAUGAAGCUAAAUUAUCAUUUGCACAUCCUGAUGGUGAUCAUUUAACUUUAAUUAAUGUAUAUGAAGCAUUUCAAUCACCAGAAGCUGAAGAAAUAGGAGUUCAUAAAUGGUGUAGAGAUAAUUUUUUAAGUUAUAGAUCUUUAAUAUCUGCAAGAAAUGUUAGAAAUCAAUUAUCAAGAAUUAUGGAAAGAUAUGAUUUACCACUUUUAUCAAAAUAUAAUGAAAUUUCAGAACUGAAAUAUUGGGAAAAUAUUAAAAAGGCAUUAGUUGGUGGAUUUUUUAUGCAAGUAGCUAAAAAGAAAAGUGGAGGAUCAAAAGGUUAUUUAACUAUAAAAGAUAAUCAAGAUGUAUUAAUACAUCCAAGUACUGUUGUUAGUACACAAGGUGAAUGGGUAAUAUAUAAUGAAUUUGUUUUAACAAGUAAAAAUUAUAUUAGAACUAUAACAAUAAUAAAACCUGAAUGGUUAAUUGAAAUUGCUCCAAAAUAUUAUAAUUUAGAUCAUUUUGCAAAAGGAGAUGUAAAAUUAAGUUUAGAAAGAGUUAUUGAUAGAGUUGAAAGUAUGAAAAAAUUAGAGAGUAAAAAAAAGAAAUAA